ACGGCGAUACCCUUGAUUGAGACGAUUCAGGAGAGUUUCAUCCACCAAAAAGCCGUGCCGACUGAACUAUGCGGAGGACUUGAAAGCGUGGGGCAAAGAUGGCAUAACCUAAAUCUCCGAAGAGGUUUGCUAGCGUAUCGUCUCAUUUCAGGUAGUCGUCCAACUCGGCGAAAAUUGCGUCGUUUGGCACUAGUUGUACUCUCCGAAAUGAAGCGCCUGGAACCGCCCCUGCUCGGGCCAAUAGGCCCCUCCUCGCGGGCUGACCGGGCGGACAGGCCCCUCCUCGCCGGCGACAUGCACCCGUUUACAAAGCAUAUACAACCUUCGAGCCGCCCCGUCUGCCUGCGCUUAUCCCGUCACUCUGCGCUCGGUCACUGCCGCGUGACGGGCCGUGUCGGAUUGAGCUCUGCGCGUGCUGCUUUAGGGUUAUCGUGACGCUGACCAGCCGGUGACGUUCCAGCACGCUUCAUGUCGAACCCAGAACCUCACGUCACAGACGUCAAAGAGGGCGCAAGCGCGCCGUCGUCGGUGCGUUUCGUCGUCGUGGAUACGGACCUGGGCGUCGACGACGCUCAAGCUAUCGGCAUGCUGCUGUCGGCCGAGCGGCGUGGCGAGCUGCGCGUACUGGGAAUCACCACCGUGGCCGGCAACACCAGCGUCAAGAACGCCACGCGCAAUACACGCCGCCUGCUCGCCACAUACGGCCGUCUGGACGUGCCUGUGUAUGCUGGCGCUCACUGCUUCCUGCUGAGUGAACAGAUGACCCCCUUACCAAUACCACGGGGAGAACGGGCUCGGUAA